UGGACGGUUCCGUUCAUGUCAUUGGGUCGAUUUGCUUUUGCCCUCAAUUACCCGAGUGCAAAGUUGGUUAACGAAAUGCUAAAACUUCUGAAUGGUCAAGAUACGGGUCCCCGUUCUCUGUCAAAGGCUGCCCUGGCAGAUGGUCAUAUUGUUCAGUGGAUCGAACCUGUGUUUCCAAUCACCAGUGUUCAAUCAGAACCCUCGGGCUUCUUGGUCGUCACUGAGCUGAAUGAAGCCUGUAUGAUCCAGAUGUUCAAUACUGCCGACAAAACUUUCAGCGAUAUCUGGCAUGUCCCACCUCCGUUCACAGUCACCGCACUGUGCACACUGAUCACGCCGCAGGCAGAAUACUUCAUAGUUGUUGCCACGUCAGACGGUUUCGUACGUCUUUUCCGUUACAAGCAAGCCGGAUCUCCUGUUUGCCUCCAAAGUGGCAUUUGUCCAACCGGGGAACGCAUCACGCGGUUGCAAUCACUAGAUGAGAAUACCAUGCAAGUGAUUGUCGGAACACAGAGUGGAUCUGUCGUGGUCUACGAAAUAGUUUAG